GCUCCAGUCAGGUUUUUACGUUAAAGAGUCGAGCCUGGUUCUGUUAUGUCUUCGACGAUGAAACAAACUUCCUCAGAGUGGGAUUUAGUGGAGUGGUGAGAGACGGCAGCGGAGGAGAUUGGGAAGUGAAAUUCAAAGUCUGUCGUUAAGUCCCAAAAGCAGCAAUUCCAGAAUCCAGUAACUGUGGUUUAGUUGCCCGGCUUCACUCUCUGAACUAGACUGUGCAGUUGGAAAGGAAUCGAGGCAUUUCAGCAGAGACAUUGGCUGACUUGGUGUGUUGGCCCGCUGGAACUAUUGCUGGUACAAGAAGCUAGCAGACUCGAAGGUAGGAGCAUUGGCAGUGCCUGGUGUGUUGGCACCAGCUGAAGGCGAGUGACCUCCCCCCAGCCCCCUCAUUGACGGGUCUCUGCCCCCCUCCACCCAGUGCAUGUGGUGGGACUAUGAGAUGGAGAAGAGGAAACACAUUCGAGCAGAUUUCCCUGUGAAAGUAAUCACCAGCUUAUUACCCAACACCAGCUUACAUGUUAUUACCAAAGAUAUCCAGGAGUGUGAAGGAGCCAUUGUAAAUGAUGUGAUCAUGGACAACACAAACAGAAACACGGUUAGCCAAAUGAAAAAAUCGCAGAAAAUCAUUCAGAACACUCCUCUGGACCUUAUUGAUACUGGCAAGGGGCUGAAGGUACAAACGGACAAGCCUCACCUGGUUAGCCUGGGCAGUGGCCGUCUCAGCAUCGCCGUCACAUUGCUUCCUCUUGAAGAAGGGAGGACCACCUUUGGCAGUUCUGAUUGCCCUCCACAGGACAUUAGCAUCCAAGGACCCGGCAUUGCUAACCAGCAUUGCUGCAUCGAAAACCGAAAUGGAAUAAUAACACUGUAUCCAUGUGGGAACCUGUGUAUGGUGGAUGGAGUUCAGGUGACCCAGCCGAAACGCCUGUCCCAAGGGUGCAUGCUAUGCUUUGGUCAGUCAACAUUCUUCCGUUUUAACCAUCCAGCCGAGGCAUCCAGGAUGAAGAGCAUGAUGUCCGGGAACCGGAACACUCCCGUCUCCUACUGCCAUUCUCCAGAUUCCGCUAGCCUGGUAAAUGGCAACCAUCAAACUCCGCUUAAUGAAGGUUCAAGUAAUCAACUUGGAGCCCAAGUCACUCACAGCUCAUUGGUCAGCUCCAUUGAGAAGGACCUACAAGACAUUAUGGAUUCUUUGGUGAUGGACGAUGCCACGUCCCCUGGGAAAAAGCAGACAGUCAACGCCCAGUCCCCUUUGUCUCCCAUGGUCAAUGGAGGCGGCAGGUACCUCCUGUCACCACCGCUGAGUCCCGGUGCCAUGUCAGUGGGUUCAAGUUACGACAACAUGUCACCGCCCUUCUCCCCACUGUCAUCUCCGAGUGCGGCCAGCAGCAGCAGCUACACCAGCUACUCCCCGGGCAGUCAGGAGCAGGCACCCCUCGUGCCUCCCACUGUUCCUGUCAGAUCUUCAAGUUACAACCACACUGUACAGCCCCCAGGCCUUAGGCCUGGGCCUAACUACAGUGGAGCACCUACUGAGCCAGGCAAGUGUAAUGGCCUCAGUCCAGGGAGCCAGCGAGUACCGGACAGUCCGCGUGCCCAUAGGAAAGGAGCCAAUGUCCAGGAGACCCCACCAAGUCCCACGGUCAGCCGGAGAGCCUUCCCACUGGACGGUUUCCCCUCAGCAGUGCCCUCCGAUGCCAGGAAAGUGCCAGAAAGUCCAAAGUUUUCUCAUCCAAGUCACAACGUUCCAUCAGUAUCUGUGAGCCCCAGCAGUGGGGGUCCCAGAGUCCCCGUUCUGACAGUUCCUGGCAGUCCUAGAUUUGGAGGCAAGUCCCACUCAAUCCCUAGUCCCAGGUCCAAGGUGGGUGGCUCCCUUCAGGAACGGCCCCCGAGUCCUGUCCGAGAGGUUAGGGAAACUCCGAUGGAUCGAGCCAUCACUUCCAGCCCGUCCAAGCAGAUGUCCCCACGGGUUUUCCAGCCAGUGGAGAGUGUGGGACUUGCUCACGUCAUCCAACCUGUCCCGCUACAUCCCAGAAACCUUCAGCCCUCUGACAGUCCCCGACUGGUUCGAAGGAGCCUGGAGAGUAUGAGAGACCUGCCCCCGCUGAGUCCCUCCAUGUCCAGGAAGGCUUCACCGCAUUCUCCGUUCUCCAAUCUGCCGACCUCGCCUCACCCGAGGCCCUGCCGCGAAGGAGUUCGCCACGAGACUCCACCUCCCCAGGGGAAAGUCGUCAAGGAGACACCAGAAAGUCCGCGACUUCGGCGGAAGCAUUCAUCGGGUUCGUCGGAGAGGAGUGAGGACUUCUCGUCCCACAGCGUGCCGGGUCUAAGCUUGCUGAGCAGUGGGAGGAGAGUCCGGGACCGCAGUCCUUCCCCAACCCUGCUGUCCGCUGACCUCCCAAGGAAAGUGUAUGGGAGCAGCGUGACCCCCGCCCACAGCCUGACCUCGCUGGCUGUGUCCACGCCGUUACAGAGCCCACGGCUACAGAGGAAGACAGCAGGGGAUGAGAGGACACCAGUGACUCGGCAGCGGAAGAACAGUAUUUCCGAAAUCAGUGACAAUGAGGAUGAGCUGCUGGAUUACCACCGCCGACAGAGGGAGGAGCGAAUCAGGGAGCAGGAAAUGCAGAUGCUGGAGCGACAGCGUCUUGAAACCAUCCUGAACCUGUGUGCGGAGUACACCAAGACUGACGUGUCCAGUAGCCCCGACAUGGGCAGGGUGACCCCGCACAGUGAGCAGCUCCACAUCGACGAGCAGGGAUUCUACCCCAGAGUGGCGGACUCUGCUCCCACCAGCACCACCAACGUUAGCAGCAGGGGCACCUCGAUGGAGCGCAGUGGGACGGGCAAAGGGCUCAGGGAGCAGGUGGCCGAACCCAACCCUCCGAAACCACGAGAGGCUCUGGAGAGGUCGGAGGAGGAGAACCUGAAGGAGGAGUGCAGCAGCACCGAGAGCACGCACCACGAGCAUGAAGAUUCUGCAGGCAGCCACUCAGUCCAGCAGGCUGUCUACCUGGAGGAGCAGAGACUCCGAAUCCUCGCGUCUGUGGAUGAACUCAAGCAGAGGAUUAAAGAACUUGAUCAACAACUUGAGGAAUCCAAUCACGAGGCGGAGAUGGAGCGAGCUCUGCUUCAGGGAGAGCGGGAAUCGGAAGUUGCUCAAAUCCGUCAGGAGCAGGAGAUCAUUGCGCAGCUGGAGGAGAAACUCUCGGAGUUGGAGAGCAACAUCCAGAGAGAGAAAGAGAAGGAAAGGGUAAAGCUUGAUGCUGAGGAAAGAGAAGUGCAGAGACUACAGUCGCAUUGCCAUGAGUUGAAGAGCCAGCUUGAUAACUGCCCUGAAUCAAUGAGGGAGCAGUUACAGGACCACCUCAAAAGGGAAGUGGAGACUCUCGAAUCUGAAGCCAAACUCUUUGAAGAUUUGGAGUUUCAGCAGCUGGAGAAGGAGAGUCGCUUGGAAGAGGAAAGGGAGACGGUGAGCCAGCAGCUCCAGCAGGACAAGGCUGAAUACCAGCGCAGUGCCAUGCGGAGAAAGGACAAGGUUUCUGCUUUAGAGAAUCAAGCCAAUCAGAUUCGCUAUCAGGCUCUCCAGGAAUGUGAGAGAUUGACCAGAGAGAAAAACGCAAUGAUGCAGUUACUUCAGAAGGAAAAAGACAAGCUGGCCAAUCUGGAAAAGCAGUAUUUCAUGGUGACUGGAGGAAAAAGCUUUUCCAAAGUCUCGACAGCACUAAAGGAGGAAAUGCUUCACAUCACAGAGCCUAGCGACAUAUUAGAGGAGCCUAACCCCCAGCAUUACCUCCCAGGAAAGGCAGCUUCUCUAUUCCCCUCUCCUUCCAUCCCAGCGUACUCCAAGAUCCAGGAGGUUUACCGAUCCAAGAUGGAGAGCGAAGGAUCUGGCACCCUGCCUCGGACGAAGAUGGGAUCUUCCCCCUCCUCACCGUUCACCGCAUCAACUCUUGGCCGAAACCUGAUGUCGAAGACCCCCGUGGGGGCACAGAAUGGCACCAGCAGUCUACCACGGAAUCUUGCUGCUACUCUGCAGGACAUCGAAGUGAAGAGACAGUUGGCACUGCAGCAGAAAGGUCACCAGGUGAUUGAAGAACAAAGGCGGCGAUUGGCUGAGCUGAAGCAGAAGGCUGCAGUUGAGGCCCAGUCACAGUGGGAAGCCUUGCAUGGUCAACAGUCGCCAAUGUUUGGCCAAUCCUACACCAUGAGCGGACAGCCGCAGUCUCACCUCAUCCACCACAGCAUCCUCCACCACCAUCCACAGCCUCUCUCCACUCAACAUGGCAUUGAUCUGGAGCACGCCUUUGACACGCUCAGUCUAGAAAGUUCUGACAGCUUGGAGACCAGUGUUUCCACGGGCAACUCGGCCUGUUCACCUGACAACAUGUCCAGUGCCAGUGGGGUCGAUGUCUCAAAGAUUGAGGAGAUGGAGAAGAUGUUGAAGGAGGCGCAAGCUGAAAAGGCACGACUCUUGGAGACGAGGGCUCGCGAGAUGGAAGUGCGCCGUCAGGCCUUCGAAGAGGAACGCAAGAGGCGGGAAGAGCUGGAGAAGAGGCUCCAGGACGAAACCGAUCACCGGCAGCAGCUCAUCGACAAAGAGGUCAAGAUGCGGGAGAAACAUUUCUCACAGGCACGACCUUUAACUCGGUAUCUACCAAUCAGGAAGGAGGAUUUCGACCUACGAUCCCACAUCGAAUCAUCCGGCCACAACCUGGAAACCUGCUACCAGGUGGCUAUUUCUGAGAAGAUGUGUAAGGGUUACCUCACAAAAAUGGGCGGGAAAAUCAAAUCUUGGAGGAAGCGGUGGUUUGUCUUCGAUCGCAUCAAGCGGACAUUGUCUUAUUAUGUGGAUAAACAUGAAAGUAAAUUGAAGGGAGUGAUUUAUUUUCAAGCUAUCGAGGAGGUUUACUAUGACCAUCUCCGGAGUGCCUCAAAGAAGGGAUAUUUGAACCUGCAUAGAAUCAACAGUCCCAACCCGAGCCUCACGUUCUGCGUGAAGACACAUGACCGAUUGUACUUCAUGGUGGCCCCCACGCCGGAGGCAAUGCGGAUUUGGAUGGAUGUGAUUGUCACCGGUGCUGAGGGCUACACGCAGUUCAUGAGCUGAGAGGCGGAGAGGACUGGGUUCCUGGGUGGAGCGAGUUGGCAUUGAGCCGGGGCCUUUGUGGAACUGUCCUGUCCUGACCCCAACAGCAGAGCUGGUGCUGCCUGUCUUCACUGGCUGUCUCCCCGUCUGUCCGCCUCACUCGCUCUUUCUCUCUCUCCGUCACACGUCCUCUCUGGUUGAACAACGGUAAACCCAGUCCUGUCUCCCCACAAGGUGUUUGAGAAACCAGCCAAUCAUUUACUGAAGCAUUUUCACCAGAAUAAAGACCGACUUCAAAGCAGGCGAGAGAAAAGUCUUCACCUGCGAACAAUAGAAGGGAAUGAACCUAUGCAAAGUCUCCUGUGCAGUUGUAAUGACGGACAGAGGCAAAAGGAUUCUUACGAAAUAAAAUGGGAAGGAACAAACAGAGAAAAAUAAAACUGAACACCCAGCAGGAAACCAGAGGCAGACUGUGAAACAGAAAGAACCUUUUCCACGGAUGACUUUGUGAAUCAGCAAACAUGGGUUGAUUUGGAGGCUGUUAUCAGGACUUGGCACAGCUGCCCUGUCCCCGUGCCUGGAUGUGUGAAGGGCCCUUGGCAGAAACAUUCAAUCUCCCUCACGAAACGUGUGCAAAUAGAAACACGCUCUUUGUAUACACACACGUGGACUGACUACUGCCACACCCUUGACACCAUCAACUCGAGAAGGUGGCUGAAGUCUGUAGGCGAGGAGGGAGGAAGAUUACAGACACUCCCUGAUGUGCCUUUCAAACUUUGGUGCAGGGAUUUCAUGUAUUCAGACUUUGGAGAUGUUCAGGGCAUGUAGCAGCAUUUCUUGGGCGCAGAAAUCAGGGAUUGAAAUUGAAAUUGGUUCCCUUUGAUCAAAUUUUGAUUUUUCUUGUUGACUUUUCUCAAUUCAGUGAUUGCAACAGCUCACCUUCCCAGUGCAGAAGAACUUACCUCAACACCCCGAGUUAUUUUGCAGGAGGUGAGCAGAAAUCUGUUUCUCUGUGGAUUUUUUUUUUUGUUAAUAUGUAUCAAGAAACCUGUUAAGCUUCUGUCUCCUAUAUUGUGCCAUAUUUUGCUUAACAUGCCAGUAAUAAUAUUGACUGGUCUUCAUUUACCUAGUUCAUUUAUAUCUUGCCAAUAUCAAAGCGUGGCCAAAAAGGAAGGGGAACUGAGUUUGGAAGGAACAUGUAAAUGUUUCUGAAGGACAAGUGAAGUGAUUGGCAAGAUUUUGUUGGUUUGUAGUUCACGUUGGACUUGUCAAUUGGAAAGACAUGAUCACCUCAGUGAAGAUACUGUCGGAGCUCUCUCCUUGUCUCGUUAACCAAGUGUGGCCCUGGUUUACACUCCAGCCAAUGUUGUAGGAUGUUGCUUUGCCAAUUUCUGGGCAACAACAGGCCCAAUUCAAUGCUUGGCGUAAUCAGCACCGGCUGAGUGGACCAGUGAUGUGCUUCAGGUCCGAGAGCUGACCUCAAUGCCCCAGGGCCAGUCACAGCAAGAUCCCACGAUAGUCCUCACUCCUCCAAUGCCAUCAAAAGGAAGUCAAGAGAGGACAUGAGACUGCCGCUGUGGUUAAAUAGUCCACUGCUGCUUUUUGUGGACCCCCACGAAUGAUGGGUGGUUGACCAGUUCAGCACAGCAAGAUCCCAGAGUCCACGGUGAUUUCGCCAGGUAUCCUGGUUACAAGACCAGACACUAUUUCUCAUUACUCUGCAGUAACUUUUGUUGAUGUGGGUUCAGAUUUUUGGAUGAAUAAAUUACAUUUAUAUCUUUUA